AUGCGGGCAAAGGUUCGAAAUGGAACAAGGUUGUUGCAGAUGUUACAUGGCGAGAUACUGAGAAACUACACAUCACACUGGAAGACUGAUAAAGUUCAUGAGAGGUCCAUCAGACAUCUUUACGAGACAGCUGCUGGAAAUGUAGGUAUAGCCGGAGAUGAAGCUGCGACAAACUUGCAAAGGAAGCAACCAAGGAAAUACAGUUCCAAACCUCCAACUUCAUACAGAGAAUCUCAGAUUCUGCAGAAAAACAGAUUUUCUAGUUCACACAAUAUAGACAGUGCUGCCCACAAUAUAAACAGUUCACACAAUACAGAUAGCUUACACAAUACUGAUAGCUCACACAAUACAGAUUGCUCACACAAUACAGAUAGCUUACACAAUACAGAUAGUUUACACAAAACAGAUAGAUCACACAAUACAGAUAGCUCACACAAUACAGAUAGCCCACACAAUACAGUUAGCUCACACAAUACAGAUAGAUCACACAGUACAGAUAGCUCACACAAUACAGAUAGAUCACACAAUACAGAUAGAUCACACAAUACAGAUAGCUCACACAAUACAGAUAGCCCACACAAUACAGUUAGAUCACACAAUACAGAUAGCUCACACAAUAUAGAUAGCUCACACAAUACAGAUAGCUCACACAAUACAGAUAGCUCACACAAUACAGAUAGUUCACACAAUACAGAUAGAUCACACAAUACAGAUAGCUCACACAAUACAGAUAGCCCACACAAUACAGUUAGAUCACAAAAUACAGAUAGCUCACACAAUAUAGAUAGCUCACACAAUACAGAUAGUUCACACAAUACAGAUAGAUCACACAAUACAGAUAGCUCACACAAUACAGAUAGCCCACACAAUACAGUUAGAUCACAAAAUACAGAUAGCUCACACAAUAUAGAUAGCUCACACAAUACAGAUAGAUCACACAAUACAGAUAACCCACACAAUACAGUUAGAUCACACAAUACAGAUAGCUCACACAAUACAGAUAGCUCACACAAUACAGUUAGCUCACACAAUACAGAUAGCCCAGACAAUACAGAUAGCUCACACAAUACAGAUAGCUCACAAAAUACAGAUAGCCCACACAAUACAGUUAGAUCACACAAUACAGAUAGCUCACACAAUAUAGAUAGCUCACACAAUACAGAUAGCUCAAACAAUACAGAUAGCCCAGGCAAUACAGAUAGCUCACACAAUACAGAGAGUUUACACAAUACAGAUAGCUCACACAAUACAGAUAGAUCACACAAUACAGAUAGAUCACACAAUACAGAUAGCUCACACAAUACAGAUAGUUCACACAAUACAGAUAGAUCACACAAUACAGAUAGCUCACACAAUACAGAUAGAUCACACAAUACAGAUAGCUCACACAAUACAGAUAGCCCACACAAUACAGUUAGAUCACACAAUACAGAUAGCUCACAAAAUAUAGAUAGCUCACAAAAUACAGAUAGCUCACACAAUACAGAUAGCUCACACAGUACAGAUUACCCACACAAUACAGUUAGAUCACACAAUACAGAUAGCUCACACAAUAUAGAUAGCUCACACAAUACAGAUAGCUCACACAAUACAGAUAGCCCAGACAAUACAGAUAGCUCACACAAUACAGAUAGCCAACACAAUACAGUUAGAUCACACAAUACAGAUAGCUCACACAAUAUAGAUAGCUCACACAAUACAGAUAACUCACACAAUACAGAUAGCUCACACAAUACAGAUAGCCCAGACAAUACAGAUAGCUCACACAGUACAGGUAGCUCACACAAUACAGAUAGCCCAGACAAUACAGAUAGCUCACACAAUACAGAUAGCUCACACAAUACAGAUAGCUAA